AUGGUACAACAACUAUUUCCUCGAUAUCCGUAUAGCCGGAAAAGAUUCUUUCCAUCCAUCAUUGCAAUGAUGAUAGGCUUGACAUUUGUACAUUACAUAAUCUUCUUUACUCUUUCCUCCAAUCAUCAUGGAGCACUUGCCAUUCCCAUUCUCAAAAUUCCGCAACAAUUAUCAUCAUCAUCACUUCUUGAAUCCAAAGUUUCCUACAUGACCUCGAGUCAGGAACAAUUAAAAUCAAUAACCACCCGAUUAAUGAUGCAAGAGGCCAAGCUGAUGGGUAAAUCAAGUAGUACUUCUUCUUCAUCGUUAGAUAUGACGGAUGGAUUGAACUUUUUCACGGAAAGUGAAUCUCAAUUUCAUAAAACAGAAACUGCUCUCAUUGAAAGAAAGGACAAUUAUGUAAAAACAUAUUCUAUUGCUCGAUCUGCAAAACCAAUGAAUUGGAAAGAACUUUUUCAACUCGUUAAAAACAAUAGGAAGAAUGAUGAAGUAUCUUCACCUUUCAUUUCCAAAACACAUCAUCCUCAUUCGUACGGAUCAUCAUCGGAACCACAACCUCCAGAUCACAGAAGAAAUUGGGUUCCAACGUUUAUUGGCAGUGUUAAUCCUUCUGGAAAUGGCUUAAAUUGGAGUGAUGCUCCCUGUUUUAAAAACACCUCUGCUCGAAUUACAAACAUUGAUCAUGAGAGUCACUCGGUCACUAUUGAAUUUGAUAGCUAUGGCCCAGCGUCUAUGUUUUGCUAUGAUUGGUAUUUCAUCACUACUCGGGAAAAUUAUUUUGUGAAAGUUUUGUUUAUGCAAGGAAAGCAUCAAGUUGUGUUAAAAAAUUUAAACGCAGAAAUAGGAGAAUGGCAAGAUGUGUUACAGAAUGGAUUGAGACUUUUUGAGUUUAAAGAUCAAAUUUUCCAAACCAUCAUUGAUGCCUUUAAUGCUGGUAAAAUAUUAGCAGGAAUGUAUUUUGAAGAAGACAAGAUUAGUUUUUUGAAACGUGACAUGGGUUUUGAGUUCAAUGAAAGACCUGUGAAACAAAUUUGGUUGGAUGACUCAGAUUUGGAAAGUGGAGAUCUUGUAGCUCAGUUACAAAUGAGUGGAUUGGAUUGUCUGUUAAUGUAUGGAACUGGUGCAAGAAUUGGUCAUAUUGCAUCCAUUCUCAAAAUUGAUGGAGUUAAAUAUGUUGUGGAAUCCACUGAAGAAGGAAUUCGUAAAACAAAAUGGGCUGAAUGGUAUUUAUCGAAUAAGGAUGAUUCCACCAUUAUCAUUGCCCGGCUUGCUCCACAAUAUCGAAAAAUCUACAACGAGUCAGCAGCUGUUGCUCUAUUUAAAACUCUCGAUGGCAACGAAUAUGGAUUUAACAAUAUUGCCUACGCAUGGAUUGACACAGAAAAUGACAAUUACCAACUCCAUUAUCUGGUGAAAUGA